CCAAGAGCCGUUGACAAAACAAAAAAAAAAAAUCACAAAAAGUCGUCAAAGUAUACUCUAGACCCUCCAAUCUCCCGUAAAAAUCUCCAUAUAAAUCUCUGUCUCUCUUUGCCAACCUAAAUCAACAACCAUUCUUAUUCAUAGCCUAUCACACAACCCAACAAAAAAGUCCUUAACAAAACAAAACAAAAAAAAGUAAGAAGAGAUUUCAUCACUAUUCUAUUACAUUCUCUCUUUUCAAAUCAAACAUUUGACUUUUGUGACAAAGGCUUGAAGAAAGAGAUGAGGAGCGAAGCGGGUGGUGGUACCAUGGUCGUUGAUCUCCAAACCGAUCCAUAUAACAACAAUCACCAUCGCCACGAGAUCAUCACCGGUAAUGUCCACAAACCGCGGCCUAAAUUUGGUGACAUCUUAAAAGCAGACCACGACGGAAUAUUCCCUCCCGUGGACCCCAUCAUCAUCAACACAAACCUAACUCACCAACGGUUCAGCAGCGUCUCAACCUCGACCAUGAGCAGCGGUCCAACAAGCGGAGACGGUUCACCUUGCCUAAUGUCCCCUUGGGCCCGUGUGUCACCACCUUGGGCCGCAGAUUUCAACGAAGACAAUGUACUAGAGACCAAUGGUCUCAUCGGGUCCAUUGUACGUGAAGAAGGUCAUAUAUACUCGUUAGCCGCUUCAGGUGACCUUCUCUACACGGGCUCCGACUCCAAGAACAUUAGGGUCUGGAAGAAUCUGAAGGACUACUCCGGUUUUAAAGCGAGUAGUGGGCUUAUCAAGGCCAUUGUGAUAUUCGGAGAAAACCGGGUCUUCACCGGUCAUCAAGACGGUAAGAUCCGGAUUUGGAAAGUCUCGAAGAGGAAACCGGGAAAGUACAAACGGGUCGGUACAUUGCCUACGUUUAAAUCGUUGGUUAAAAGCUCGGUAAACCCUAAGCAUUACCGCGGUAAAAACUCGGUGAAAACAAAGCACCACGACGCCGUUUCGAGUCUUAGCAUGGACGUUGAGGUUGGUUUGUUGUAUUCCAGCUCUUGGGAUAGGACGAUCAAGGUGUGGAGAGUGUCCGAUUCCAAGUGUUUGGAGUCGAUACACGCGCACGAGGACGCAAUAAACUCGGUCAUGGUCGGUUUCGAUGACUUGGUGUUCACGGGAUCCGCGGACGGUACGGUGAAAGUGUGGAAACGUGAGAUGCAAGUCAAAACGAGGCACGUGUUGGUUCAGGUUUUGCUCAAGCAAGAAAGCGCGGUCACGGCGUUGGCGGUUAAAUUAAAGUCUUCGAUGGUUUAUUCCGGUUCGUCUGACGGGGUGGUUAACUAUUGGCAGCGUUCGAAGAAGCGUGUGUUCGUCGGUGGGAUACUAAAAGGGCACAAGUCCGCUGUGUUGUGUCUCGCUGUGGCGGGGAACUUGCUGUUGAGUGGUUCGGCGGAUAAGAACAUAUGUGUGUGGAGGCGGGACACGUCUGAUGGGUCUCAUGAGUGUCUGUCUAUUUUGACGGGGCACAUGGGACCUGUUAAGUGUCUAGCCGUGGAGGAGGAACGGGCUUGCCGCGGUAAAGGAGGAAAAACCUCGACGGUUGGUGAAGGAGACAGGAAGUGGAUUUUAUAUAGUGGAAGUUUGGAUAAGUCGGUGAAAGUGUGGCGCGUGUCGGAGAAGAUGGCGGCGUGGAGGGAGAUAGACGAGCCAGAAGCAGAGAGUUGCGCGUGAAGUUCUUUGGGAAAAUAGAAAAAAAGGAGUGCGUCGGAGCAUAGUGUGAUUAUUUACGAAAAUGCGCCGUCAUCGAUCAGUCACGAUGACGGUCUUCACGACGGGGAAGAGUCGGAGGAUUGUUUUUCAAUUUUAUGACAAUGUCAACGAAGAGAUUUGUGCCAAGUCAGCUAAAGAGUGAGUCAACACGGGCUUAAUGGUUUUCACGUAAUGAUGAGUUUUGCUUCUUUUCACUUUAAAAAAGAUCUUUUCAAAGAAUUGUAAAAUUAUUCCUUUCCGUGAAUUUGUA